AUGUAUUCUAAAGGUAUCAGGCCAGACACCAUCCAUCCUGAGCAUGGCUGGAGCAUUCAGCACCACAAGGAGCCAGAAAAUAACCAAAAUACAACAAAUAUGGAAGAACAACAAGGAAACAGAUUCAGAUUCCUCCACUUCAUGAAACCAACCCAGGUUCAGGGACAUUUCCCAUCAUACACUGUUCAUUAUUGCAAGAACAGGACUCAACUCUCCCAGCCUGCCCAGCCCUCCAUCUUCAAUGCCAAACCUUACAAAUGCAGCAAAUGGAAGGGGUCUGUGCCUACAGGGCUGCCCUUAAAGAAGGACAUAGCAAAAUCUGAUGUGCAUAACACUAUCAAGAAGGACAUUGGUGUUGGGGCACAAAUGAUGCCUGGCACUGCAAGCAGCAGCCCUGCGAAGGAGCUGAGACCCAGGAAACCUGCAUUGAGGACAGAAAAGUUGCCCUACAUGAAACCGGCCGAGCACUAUUCCCUGCUUGAGGCAAAGACCAAAAUUAAGCCAGCAUCACACAUCACAGAGCUUCCACUGAAACACGGGAGAACCAAUCUGCAGAUGCUUGUGGCAAGGGAUCUGACCCCACCUGGAGUUCCAGCCUCAAACCUCCCCCAGGUUGUGAAUCCUGCCUCACCCAUCUGUGAUUCCAAGGCUGCCAGGGUCCUGCAAAGGUUGCAUCACCAGGAUCCAGGAGGGACAAGGAUGAAAAGUGCAUCAGUUGCGAGGCCAGAGAGAGAUGAGUUUAUACACUCAACUGCAGAGGCUCAGGAGACCCACAGAGCCCCUCCACUUGCUGCCAGCCUCGGGGCCACAAAGUCUCAUCUAGAUCCAUUUCCGAGAUACCUGAGUGUUCAGAGACCUACUUCCUACUUCCUGGCAGCAAAUCCCCAACAGAUCAGGACCAUCGGAGGCAUUGGAAAAGGCAGUCUGAAGCCAAGUACCAAUCCCAAAAUGGCCAAGCAUGCAACACAGAAGAGCUUACAGGAGGUGGACUUAAGACAUCACCCCAGGGUUAUGACAAUGGAAGGCCUCGGAGAAAGGGUCCGACCUUCAGAACCAAACAAACUACAGUGGAGGUGAAAGAAGAGCCACCUCGUGCAUGGAGAGUGAGUCUGGGAUCCAGUGAGAGUCACAAUGGCAAGGACAUCAAUAUCAGUCCCAGGGUUUUUGGGUCUUUAUGGGUCAAAAAACUCCCAGCCCAUCUACAAAUACCUACCUCACAACACAUGCAGGACUCAAGUGAGAAUAUUUUGAGUUCAAACCAGCAGCCAAGAGCCUGGCCUGUGAGUCACCAUCCAGUUGGCCCCAGUAGAGUCAACCAUGCCAGGGUCAGCCUGCCUUCACAGGACUCUCUGCCCAGCUUCCAGGCUAGUUGCCAAAACACCAAGAGUUCCCAGGGCUUAUCUAAUGUCUAAACGAAGAGACAGGAAAUGGUGGAAUCUAAAGAUCAGUGUUGCAAAGGAUCAGAACUAAGUGCUGGAUCGCAAUGGGUUUCACUUUCAUGAAAAGAGGCAGAGUACUCUAAGAUCUACAGGCAUAAGUCAGGGAGAAAGGAAUGCGAGAGUAAGACAUUCCAUUCA